AUAGUUAACACUUGAAAGAAGCUUAAUCUUCGACACGCUAUCUGGAACUUCGCAUUGAUAUAAAAAGAUGACAAAGGCUUCGAUAUACAUAUAUCUCGAACAUACGAAAUUAUUUCUAAUACCUUUACUUUGAAAUCUUGGAUUUUAAUCAUGAAAGUUUCAAUUGUUCUCUUAGCUGUUAUUUGCACUGUAUUGGUCGAAUCUGAAUUUUGCGAUAACGAAGACUGGUGCGAAAAAUCAUGCUGCAAGUCUUGGUUCCACUAUAGAUGUUGUCCGUACGCAGAUGGUGUUUGUUGUCCUGGCGGAUUCCAGUGUUGCCCAAGUGGAAAUCGAUGUAUUAUGCUCGGAACACACAAUUUUUGCUCUCAGAGAGCUCUAACGGGAGCGAAUGGAAAGCAAGAAAUAGCCAUGGAAUCUAGUGCUUUCACAAAAACAAAAGCAGAACUGCGUGAGGGGAAUCCAGAUAAGCUAUUAUAAUUGCAUUUCGAAUAAUGAGUAAUUUCAUUUUUCUGGGAUAUGAUUUAAUGCAACACUUAAUUGUGGGAAUGUAGAAACAUUAAUAUUAUGUUAUACAAAGGAAUGAACUGUAACUUGUUAUGUUGACAUACCUCAAUAAUGUGAUAUCUCAGAAUGCGAAUAGUAUAAAUUUGAGCAAUGUUGUAUUUUAUAUUAAUUUCGAUGCUUCUUAGACUAUUAUUGAAUAAGGAAAAUAAUUCAGAAAUAAUUAUUUGGGAAGUAAUCAGCAAAAUGUAAAUUAUACGUAAAUAAUUAUAUUUUUUUAAUUACUUGUAAUUAUACUUGACUUGAUUGAAUAAAAGGUGAUGCUUAAAAUGAUAA